AUGGAUUCCAGCGAACCAGAUGCAGAAACUCCCUUGCUCAGCAACACAUUAAGUGUACGAGAACCUUCAGGUCCUCGUUAUGGUGCUGAUACCUCCUUGGCAAAACCACACCAACCCGGCGAUGUCGAUACGCACCGGUCGCUAGAGGACGACGCUGUGCCCGAAACGGCAGUUCUUGGACGCAAUCUGGGAUGGAGCAGCGCAUACAUUCUCAUCAUCUCUCGGGUCAUCGGAAGCGGUAUUUUCGCAACUCCCGGAGCUAUCUUCAGCUCCGUCGGGAGUAUUGGACUGAGUUUGCUCCUCUGGGUUUCUGGGGCAAUCAUCAGCUGGUUUGGGCUGAUGGUUGCGCUCGAAUACGGCUGCAUGCUCCCGCGCUCUGGCGGGCAAAAGGUCUAUCUCGAAUUCACCUAUCGCCGCCCACGCUUUCUUGCGUCCACUCUCGUUGCUGUACAUGCGGUCAUCCUCGGAUUUACCGCCAGCAACUGCAUCGUAUUUGGGGAAUACCUUCUAUUCGCCUUAGGUAAAGCGCCCGCCGAACACCCAGUGCAAGUCAGAGCUCUGGCCCUCGGCCUCAUGACCGGCGUUACCGCCCUCCAUGCCUGCUCCAUGCGAACAGGCGUUGCGGUACAAAACAUCCUGGGCUGGGUCAAGAUCGGCUUGGUAAUUUUCAUGACCGUCUGUGCAGGCGCCGUUGUCGUUACCAGAUACACACCAAGCGAACCAGCGUUGCUCAGCCGCGAGCUUCACCUCCGUGCCUUUCCCUCGACAUGGGAUGGCAUCUGGGAAGGCUCGGUCUGGAAUUGGGGCGUCAUCAGCACGGCACUGUUCAAGGUAUUCUACAGCUAUGCCGGUCUGCAGAAUGUCAACAACGUCUUGAACGAGGUGCGAGAUCCUGUGAGAACACUUCGAUCUGCGGCUCCGACGGCGUUGGUGACGAUCUGCUUGCUUUACCUGCUCAUUAACGUUGCCUAUUUCUUGGUCAUUCCGCUUGACGAGAUAAAGAAAAGUGGAGAGUUGGUUGGUGCAUUAUUUUUCGAGAGGGUAUUCGGCGAAACUCUAGGAAACCUCCUGCUUCCCUUGGCUAUAGCGGUCUCAGCAGCAGGCAAUGUCAUGGUCGUUACAUUCGCUUUGAUAUACUCGUUCAUUCUCGAAGUAGAGGGUUAUCCAGGCCAAUUCUUCUCCCUCUUUGUUUCGCUAGGCUUAAUUCGCCUGCGGCGAGCUCGCCCGGAUCUCAAGCGCCCGUACCGAGCAUUUCUGCCGGCUGCUUGGUUUAACGUGUUCCUUUCCACCGCUCUGUUGUGUGCUCCGUUCAUUCCCUACAAUGGGGAAGACUGGAGUUCGCAUAUAUCCCGCGUUAGCUAUGCGUUGGUGGGCAUGUCCAUACUCCUCGUCAUGCUGCUUGCUUCCCUCGUUCUCUCGGUGGCCAGUGCGGCGGUCGUUGCGGCCCUCCCUGCGAAGCUUGCCGAUAACCCUGAAUGCACAGCACCACAGCAGAGACGCUCUUGGCACGACAUAAGUGACGCUGACAGGAAAGCUUACCUUGCCGCUAACCGCUGUCUCCUGACUUCGCCCCAGAAGCUCAAUCUCCUCCCCGGUGCCAAGACCAGAUGGGAUGAGCUGGUGUCUCUUCACCAGAUCCACGCCUUGCAAAUCCAUACGACCGGCCAGUUCCUGCCGUAUCACAGAUACUACCUGAAGACUCUCGAGUUCUUAUUGCAGGAGUGUGGCUACACAGGGGCUAUUCCCUACUGGGACGAAACUCGUGACGCCGGGAACUUCUCGACGAGUGUGAUUUUUGAUCCCGUUACCGGGUUUGGGGGAGGCGGCAAGGCAGCUGAUCCCUGUGUCCCCAACGGCCCCUUUGCAAAUCUUACGGUGAACAUCGGGCCGGGAUUUGGGUCUGAGGCUCGAUGUGUCAACCGAAGGAUUACAGACUUUUUCAGUUCUCAAUGCGGGACGUCAUUUGUCACGGCGGCGCUCAAUCACACCACUUACGAAAGUGUUCUUGACGGCAUCUACUCCGGCCCUCAUCUUCUAGGACACAUGUCGCUAGCAAUGAUGGACGGAAACUCGAUCACCUCAUCAGGCGAUCCGUUGUUCUUCAUGCACCAUGGCUUUGUUGACAAGAUGUGGGCGGACUGGCAAGCAGAGGACCCCCAAACGCGGUACAAGGAAAUCGGUGGACUGAACGCACAGGACCCAGACGUGGGCUUCUCGGAGUUUCCUGGAGGGAUGGAACAGGAGUCUUCUAUGUGGGGAACCCCCUCGUCGGCGAUUUUGGCCGUCACUCCAGACCCUGCAAGUGGCGACGAUGGCGGGAAGAAUCUGACACUGAACCAUGUCAUGUCUUCCUUGGGAAUCAUUCCCAAUGCCACUGUUGCGGACGUGAUGGAUAUCAAGGGCGGCUACCUAUGCUACGAGUAUGUUUGAAUAGCUCCGAGGAUAGCGCGAAUCACAAAUGCAAC